AUGCAGCUGUUCUUGUGGUCGGAUGGAAUUCUUCUCAGGAUCGUCCUCAUCUCUAUGUGUGCAUCUACAGAUACUGACCUAUUGAGAGAUCUUGAACGCAAGCGCGUUAUGAUACACGUGGAUCAUGCUCGCCUCUUCAAUCUCGCUAUCCCUCGAAAUCUUCUACAAAAGUUAUCCAAGAUUCAGUCUCAGACUUUAGCAAAGCACGAGAAAAGUUAA